AAUAUUGUAAAAUUGCGACAUGAUGCAAUUCCACAUGCUUGUACGCACCGCUUACAAUAAAUUUUAUAACUUGAUUGAAGAUUGCAAUAAGUAAAGGACGAAAUGGUAAAACAAUUACCGAAUAGAAUUUUAGAAUACUUAGACCAGCAUAAUGAAGUGAAUUCAUUAGACCUGAGUACUGAGUUAGGAGAGAAUCAUGAUUUGGUUAUAGGAGCCAUCAAUAGCCUCUUAACAUUCGACAAUUUAAUUACUACGAAACCUGCCAUUAAAAGGACAUGGGAAAUUGUACCAGAAGGACAACACAUAUUAAAACACGGCAGCCACGAAGCGGUUGUUUACAAUUCUGUUCCUGAUGAGGGUAUACCUCAGAAGGAACUUAUAAAAUUGAGUCCUUAUGCUAAAUUAGGUUUUUCCAAAGCAAUGGCUGCUGGAUGGAUUCAAUUGGAUAAUAGUACUGGUACUCCUAUUGUACGAAAGAAAGUAUCAUCCAUUGUAGAUACUGUACUUGAACACUUGAAGGACAUUAAAAACGUCCCAGAUAAAGUGAAAAUUGAAUAUAAAAAGAGAAACCUUAUGCGAGAGGUGGUGAUUAAUAUGGUUUAUGUGGUAAAAGGAUCAAAUUUUGCUACAAAUGUAGAAAAGUUAGAAGCUGAUUUGACAUCAGAUUUAUUAGCACACAAUGCUUGGAAAACCAAAAAAUUUAAACCAUACAACUUUGAUGCUCUAGGUGCAACUCUUCAAAUUGGUCACUUGCAUCCACUGUUAAAAGUUAGACAUGAAUUUAGAAAAAUCUUCUUGGAAAUGGGAUUCACAGAGAUGCCAUCAAACAAUUAUCUGGAGAGUUCUUUCUGGAACUUUGAUGCUCUCUUUCAGCCACAGCAACAUCCUGCUCGUGAUGCACACGAUACAUUUUAUGUUUCUGAACCAUCUAUUAGUACAAAGUUCCCUAUGGAGUAUCUUGAAAGAGUAAAAAAUGUUCAUAGCAAAGGAGGAUAUGGUUCUCGAGGUUACAGAUAUGACUGGAAAUUAGAAGAAGCGCAAAAGAAUUUACUACGUACUCACACGACAAGUGUCAGCGCACGGAUGUUAUAUAAACUUAUGGAGGAGGGCGAGUUUAAGCCAGUCAAGUACUUCAGCAUUGACAGAGUAUUUCGCAAUGAAACAUUAGAUGCGACGCAUCUUGCGGAAUUUCAUCAAAUCGAAGGUGUUAUUGCCGAUUAUGGUCUAACACUGGGUAAUCUUAUCGGCGUACUGUACGAGUUCUUUAAGAAGCUCGGCGUUACACAGCUUCGUUUCAAACCCGCAUAUAAUCCUUAUACCGAGCCGAGCAUGGAAAUAUUUGGCUAUCAUACUGGUUUGGAGAAGUGGAUAGAGAUUGGCAAUAGUGGUAUGUUUAGACCUGAGAUGUUACUGCCGAUGAAUCUACCUCAUGAUGUCAAUGUCAUUGCAUGGGGUUUAUCAUUAGAAAGGCCAACCAUGAUUAAAUAUGGUUUAAAUAAUAUUCGUGAUCUUGUUGGGCCAAAAGUGGACAUGGAAAUGGUUCACAACAAUCCUAUAUGUCGAUUAGAGAAAACUAGUCAUCAGACAUGUUUCCAACAAAAAACACAAAAACAAGAGCAAAUAGGAUUGAUUAAAAAUCAAUCCUAUCAAGAAGAGGAGAUCAAGCAAACCACAGUAUAUUCUUUGAAAAAACAGGCAUUUCCUAAACAAGGGCACAUUAUAUUUUGCGACCCCGAAUAUCCUAUUUAUUUUCUAGAAUCUUUUUUACGACUCAUAAGACCAUAUUUUAGAAUCUCCGUGUCAACGUAUAUUCAUUCUACAGUAAAAAGUUUGCCGAAGAAGCUUAUAGGAUUUUGUUCGGAUUCUUCCAAUAUGUAUACAGAUACGGAUAUACAUAUAAUUUUAAUUUGGAAGACUGUAGGAAUUGAUCCUAUCAUGGAGCUUCCAGGUAUACGUAAAAUCGCGGGAAUAGUGAAUAUUGCACGGUACUUAAAUCGUUUAGUCGAACUAACCGAAGUUGAAAUAUUAACGUACGAACGAGAUGGUCCAUCUUACGCGAGUAACGUAGACUUUUACCUGGAUAAAAUACACUGUGCUUUACAUGGUGUGGGGACAUUGCAUCCAGUCUCUAAAACGACAUCUUAUAUGUUGGGUCCAUGCAUUUCCAUAAUUGACAUUAUUCUUGAAUCUAUCGAUAAGUAUAAAAUAAAAAAGUGAUUCUCAUAUUUAAACUUA